UUCCCAAAGUGCUAGGAUUACAGACAUGAGCCACGGUGCCUGGCCCUAAAAUUUUUUAACAAUUCUUCAGUAUAGUCAAAUAUUCAUUGUUCAAAAAUAUCCAUUGUUCAAAUUUCCCCAAUAUCUUUUUUUUUGUUUUCCCAGUUGGGUUAAAAUUUGGCUCCAAACAAGGUCUGCACGUUGCGUUUUUGUGCUGUCUCUAAAGACUCCCUUUCUUUUUUUCAUGUAAUGCAUUUGUUGAGGAAACCAGGCUGCCUGGAAGGAUGAGCCUGGGGGAAUGAGGGAGAGGAAGAGAGGGGGCAGGGAGGAGAGAAGGAUGGGUGUCCAGAUAGACGUGCCACCCAUGCUGGGGGACACAGGCAGGAUGUGGAGGCCUGUCUCCCUAACUGGGAGGGGAGGCCAGGGCUGCUGAAGGGUGGAGCCCAACCCUGGGUGCCCCCCUCCCUCCACCACAUCCAGCUGCUGGAUGUGAGGGGAGAUAGAAAGACGGCCUGAGUCAGGAGCAGGGGCAGAGCUCGGGUUGUGGAGGGGUCCCGCUGCUCACGUCAGACUGGAGGUGAGGAAGGGGCGGGGCCUGACAGCAGGCCUGGAAGGAACAGGAUGUCGAUGCUGGAGAGGGAGAGAGAGGACAGUGCCAAAACCCAGCUCCUGGCCAGUCCCCAGCUCCUCCCUGCCUGGCCCUAUCCCAGGAUCCCCUCCCCGGCCUCUCAGCUAUGAUCUACCCCAGGGCCCAGACAUCAGGCGCCUUCACAAUGCCGGUGGUCAGUGGUCCAGGUCCCUUGUUCUGCCUUCUCCUCCUGCUCCUGGAACCCCACAGUCCUGAGACGGCGCGUCCUCCUCUGCGCAGGUUUGAAUACAAGCUCAGCUUCAAAGGCCCAAGGUUGGCAUUGCCUGGGUCUGGAAUACCCUUCUGGAGCCAUCAUGGAGAUGACAUCCUGGGCCUGGAAGAAGUGCGGCUAACACCAUCCAUGAGGAACCGGAGUGGCGCCGUGUGGAGCAGGGCCUCUGUCCUCUUCUCUGCCUGGGAAGUAGAGGUGCAGAUGAGGGUGACGGGAUUGGGGCGCCGGGGAGCCCAGGGCAUGGCCGUGUGGUACACCCAGGGCAGGGGCCAUGUAGGCUCUGUCCUCGGGGGACUGGCCUCAUGGGACGGCAUCGGGAUCUUCUUUGACUCCUCGGCAGAGGAUACUCAGAACAGUCCUGCCAUCCGUGUGCUGGCCAGCAAUGGGCACAUCCCCUCUGAGCAGCCUGGGUAUGGAGCCAGCCAAGUGCUGGGCUCCUGUCACUGGGACUUCCGGAACCGGCCACACCCCUUCAGAGCACGGAUCACCUACUGGGGGCAGAGGCUGCGCGUGUCCUUGAACAGCGGCCUCACUCCCAGUGAUCCAGAUGAGUUCUGUGUGGAUGUGGGGCCCCUGCUUUUGGUCCCUGGAGGUUUCUUUGGGGUCUCAGCAGCCACCAGCACCCUGGCAGGUGAGGAUCCCACUGGUCAGGUUCCCCCUCAGCCCUUCCUGGAGAUGGAGCAGCUCCGUCUGGUGAGGCAGCUGGAAGGGCUGCGGGCAAGGCUGGACCUGGGCACCAGGGCGGAUGUAACUCCAGAGUCAGGCUCUGAAGCUCAAGGAGAAGGGGAAAGGCUCUUUGACCUGGAGGAGACGCUGGGCAGACACAGCCAGAUCCUUCAGGCUCUGCGGGGUCUCUCCGAGCAGCUGGCCCAGGCUGAGAGGCAAUGGAAGAAGCAGCUGGGGCCCCCAGGCCAAGCCAGGCCUGAUGGAGGCUGGGUGAGUAGCCCCACAAGCAUCCAAGGCUCCACCUGCGGGCCUGAAAGAGGAGCAAGCACUAGGCUGGCCCUCCUGCAGGACUCUGCUAAGGUCGAUGCCCUGCUCCAUGGACAGAGGACUCUGCUCCAGGCCCUGCAACAGAUGAGGGAUGCAGCUGUCCGCAUGGCUGCAGAAGCCCGGGUCUCCUACCUGCCUGUGGGCACUGAGCAUCAUUUCUUAGAGCUGGACCACAUCCUGGGCCUCCUGCAGAAGGAGCUUCAGGGCCUGGCGAAGGCAGCGGCCAAGGCCCCCCGCCCACCUGGCCAGCCCCCAAGGGCCUCCUCGUGCCUGCAUCCUGGCAUCUUCCUGUUCUUCCUCCUCAUUCAGACUAUAGGCUUCUUCAGCUACGUGCACUUCAGGCAGGAGCUGAAUGAGAGCCUGCAAGAGUGUCUGUCCACAGGCAGCCUUCCUCUGGGUCCUCUACCACACACCCCCAGGGCCCCGGGGAUUCUCAGGAGGCAGCCUCUCCCUGCCAGCAUGCCUGCCUGACCCACCUCAGAGCCUGCUUUGCAUCACUGGGAAGCAGGCAGUGUCUGGGGUGGGUGCUUGAUCAGCAUCCUCUUCGUCUGGGUGCCCAGCUCCCACCCACACCUGAGCUUUCAGCACACUCCCAUCUUAUUAAAGGUGAUUUCCCUCUCCCCA